UCUAUAUGUUAACAAUGAAAUAAACAAUAAUUUAUUUUCAUUUAGAAAAAAAGUUGACUCUAUAUGAGGCACAUCCUAUAUAAUUCUAUAUAAUGCUGAACAAAUUCAAUAUAAUAUCGAUUAAUUCUCGUCACUGCUCAUGAACGCCUCAUGUUCAACACGAGCAUGAAGGAAGAGUUACGUUUGUAACACGUGCGCCCAAUCAAUCACCACUGACUGGUGAACUCGUCGCGAGGACUUAUGGGAAAUGAAGUCUUUUAACAGCCCACAGAACGCAAAAUGGACAGACGUGAAACUACAAUUCCCACAAUCCCCUGAAACAGCGUUCCUCAGCUGAGUGCAGCAGCGUGAGUAGCCUGAAGCGGCCGGUGUGGUGCUGAGUGAGUGAGUGAGAGACAGAGACAUAGAGAGAGAGAGAGAGAGAGAGAGAGAGAGAGCUACCCGGCUAAAAUUGUGCUGUUUUUACCACUUCAGCGUUUGGUUUAAUACUUCAACGUUUCAAAAGCGGUUUGGUGAUAAAGAUGAUGCGAAGAUCAAGAAUCAGCGUUAAACCUAACUUCAGGCCUGGAAGUCGGACUGGUACAGAGAGUGAACAGGUCUCUCAGGGGGUGAGUGAAGCAGGUGACACCUUGCCAGCAGUUGAAGUAGAAGUGCCGAGACCAGCACCAUCUCACCAGCAAAAUGUAGCACUUAUAGAGCCUUCUGAGGAUGUGGCUAUUAAAAACGCUCCUGAAAUGCCUUCAAAGAUGACCCAAAAUGAUGGAGCACCCUCUAGUGGAGCUACCUCUUCAUCUGCAGCUCCACAUAGAAGAAUGAGGAUCUCAGCUACUCCAAAACUUCUCGGGCCCAAACCUACUUCCACGCCUCGAGCUCAACCGUCUGCCAGGAUGCCUAGCUCAGCCCCAUCACCUCUUUCCAAUGAGGAACAUGUCCAGAUCCAUGAUUCAGCUUCUGAAGCUCCGGCUCCUGUCUCAAUAAUGUCUAAUGAUCCGUCUAAAUCAGGAGCACCUAGAAAGUCCACAUCUCCUACAAACCUGCCUACACAAUCUUCCACAACGACUCAAUCAUCAUCUCCAUGUGUUCCUUCCACUUCUGGUCUUCGAAAGUCUCCAGUCCGUGAGAAAAAGUCAGUGGAGGAUUCUCCACCAUCUCCACAGCCCGGUCAAGUUCCUCAGCAACCACCGCAAGAACCGGAACCCCCUGAAUCUCCAUCUUCAUCUGAUCUGUCUUCAGUUUGCUUCAAACCUUCCCAAUUUGAUAAGGCAGGUUCUUUGGAGAUGGUUGAAAAAUCCUCAGACAAAGACAGAAUAUUAAGGGCUCUUAAACUGAAGGAACUGAUGAAGAUUGAACGGAGAAAAGAUAUUCAGAUGGGGAAGAGAAGAGUUGGUCAUAAAGAGUACACAGCCUUGGACCGCAGUAAGAUGACCAUGAGGGACCUUAUCUAUUACUUACCCAAUACCAGCCCUAUGAGGUCUUCCAUAGCACACGAGGAGAACCAAGAAGAGACCAUUAUUCCACCUUCGCCCAAGCAACAAAUAAAAACCGCAGAGGGGGACGAAGAAGAAGAACAAGAGGAGUCUGAAAAUGAAGAAAUGCUGGUGCCGAAGGUCAGAGUGGCGGAGGACGGCUCAAUCAUUCUGGAUGAAGAAAGUUUGACAGUGCGAGUACAAAGGACCUCGAACACCAAAGCGUUGGAGGACUCGACCGCCCUGUUUGAACGCGGCUCUACUACAACUUACUCCAGCUUCAGAACACUAAACUAUGUGAAGAGCUGGUCAGUCAGAGAGACCGACUUGUUCUUCUUGGCCAUUAGCAUGGUGGGGACGGAUUUCUCUUUGAUCGGCCAGCUAUUAACCCACCGUAGCCGUGCAGCAAUUAAGAGCAAAUUUAAGAAGGAGGAGAGACUCAACCCAUGGAGAGUAGACAAAGCUUUGAGAAACAAGCGACCCUAUGACAAGGAGUUCUUUAGCUAUUUGCUGGAGAAGAUUUUGGCAAAAGAUAAAGACAAAAGAAAAUCUGUUAAACUGAUACUGCCAAAAACCAAGAAACCAAGGAAAUCCAAAGGAAAAACAUCAAAUAAAUUGUGUGUUAGUGAUGAUGAGGGUGAUGAUGACAUCUUCCACAUGGAUGAUCAUGAAGACUUGGAGGAUGAUGAGGAUGUCAGUGUAGAAAAAGAAAAUGAAGAUGUGUCUAACGUAAAAGAAGCAGAUACCUCCGUCCCUGCAAAAAAGAGGCGCAAACGCACAAGAGAUGUCAGCAAGGAUAAAGACAAAGACAACUCCACUGAGGAACCAGUCAAAAGAAAAAGGCAAAGAAAAUGUAGCAAGAAAACAACAAAAGAGGUACACUCCAAGGAUGAUACUGAAGGUGAACAUGACAUCAAUGUUGAAGGUGACACUAUAAAUGUAAAUAAGGAGGAUGAACUCGAAAGAAGUACUUCAGCUUCGAAAAGAAGGCGCAAACGCUCAAAGAACGAUGAAGAGAAACAAAAUGGAAAGCCAGUUAAAGGAACAAAGGGCAAGCAACUCAAGAAAUCACGCAAAGUUGUCUGUGACCAUGAAGAGUCUGUUAGUGAACAUGAAGAAAGCAGCAUUAGGGAUGAGGAUGGCUCUGCUACUAAAAAGAAAAGAAAACGAGCCAAGAACAGUGAUUUGGAUGUAGAUGAACCAGCCAAAGGGAAAAAGAACACAAAGAGAAAAAAGGCACUGAAAAGUACAGUAGAAGAGGAAGGAACUGCAGAAGAAGGAGAAGCUUCAGCAGCUUUACAGGAGGCUGAACAGUUAAAUGCUCCAGUCACAGCUGAAGUAGCAGAUAAUGUUCCACCAAAAGCUACCAGGCGAAAUAAGAAGCCUUUGCCUAACCUGGCUACAACACGAAGCAAGAAAAGCAAUGAACCAGAAGCUUCUGCUGAAGUUGAAAGGGAGAGUCAAGAUGAGAAUAUCCAUGAAUCCAUUCUGACGGCAGCAGACAGUCCUUCGGAGGAUGAGAAGCUCCAGAUGCAAGCAGUGGUUGUGCUGGAAAAGACCCCCCCAAGGCAGCAAAAUGUGCUCAGCCCUUCAAAAGUCCAGUGCAAAAAUAAUGAAUUGGAGCCCUCAAUGAGCUCUCCUGCUUCUCCAUCUAGCAGUGAGAGUUCUUCUACUCAGCAGACAAGAAUGCAAAGAGCGGGAAGAGCAAAGCGCGAUCUGUCCACUAGUGGGAAGACAGGAAGAAAAACAGGAAUGAUGGAUCAGGAUCAGGCUGAUCCCGAGAGCCCAAUGGUUCUGUUAGAGCAGAAUCAGGAACCUGAAGGUGAAGAGGGUGACAACUCCUUGAAUGAGAACCUGAUUAACUUGUCAUGCCUACGUGAUUUAGAUAGUCAGAUGUUUCAAAGAAGGCCAAUGAUGGUGUUAUCUCGUGAAGAGGUGGAUAUGAUCCUCGAUGCUUCAGACCAAAGUGCUGAUGAGGAUCCGUCUGUGAGUCCUCUGGAUUUAUCAUUGAACACAGAGCUCUCUUUUCCACUUCAAUGCAGCAAGCUCUUGGAGGAUAAUGAUGAAGAAGGUGAGGUUGAUUGUGUGUUUGAGGAACAUGAGGAAAGAACAAAUGAGAGAGCUUCUUGUGAGGAAAGGAACUGUGAAGAACUGGAGCUAACAGAGUCUGCAUUGGCACAACCUGAUAUCCCAAACCUCAGGGAUAGUUCUACCUCCUUAACACCAGAGGUGUGCAGUCAACCAGAAGUAGGCCUAAGCAAGGUAACAACCCCAACAGAGGAGGCUGAACCUCAGGUCCACCCAAUGGCUUGCAAAGAUGUGACAACAGUAGCAACAGUGCUUGAAGGUUCUCCACCUCUGGUUGUUCUGGAUAAUGUAGAGCCUAUCUGCAUGAAACCAGAUGCACCCAUGACCCAAGAAACAAUCACCACUGAAACUACUGCACUUGGCACCUCAUUGGUAGUCUCAGAUAUCAUGGAUGAAUCUGAGAAAGCUAUGCUGCCAACUUUACUCAAAGAGUCUGCACUAGCUUCCUCUGAAAUCACAGCGCAGUCAAAGCUGACCCCAGCAGGAAGCGGGUUGGGAUCACAUAGGUCUCUGCAGGCAGCUCCAGAAGUGAAAGGGGAAUUGCAAAAGUCUCUGUCAGGACCUUCUCAAACUUUGGAGACAUUGCAGGACUCAUCAGAAAUUGAAGAGGGUACACAGGAAUCUGCCUUGGCAAGUUCAGAAAUAAAAGCGAGAACGCAAGGUUGUGCGGUUGCACCAGAGGUCAAGGAAGACUCCCAGGAAGAGGUGUCUGUUCAAUCCAGACCAACAAGGAGGAGCAGAUUUCAGAAGCCUAAACCUAACCUGAGUCAGAAAUCAAGAGUUCUCCAAAACCAAGGACAAGACCUCAAAACACCCAGUACUCUAAAACCCAAGAGCAGCGAGCCUACAGUCUCCACUGAGAAGCUACUUUAUAGUCCUGCUACUGACCAGCAUGGUGCAUUAGAAGACUUCAGUAAGCAGAACCUCACCAAAGAAGAGGAGACAUCUCAGUCAAAUACAGUGGAUCAAAUGGAAUCUGAAUCAACAAAAGAUCUCAGUGAUGCAUCUACAGCAGUACCAGAUCAGGAGAACAUCACUACAGUAACUCUGAGUCCAGCCAGUGCUGAUGAACCUCAGGCACAGCCUGGUACCUCAAACCUCAGGGACAUUUCUACCUCCUUAACACCAGAGGUGUGCAGUCAACCAGAAGUAGGCCUAAGCAAGGUAACAACCCCAACAGAGGAGGCUGAACCUCAGGUCCACCCAAUGGCUUGCAAAGAUGUGACAACAGUAGCAACAGUGCUUGAAGGUUCUCCACCUCUGGUUGUUCUGGAUAAUGUAGAGCCUAUCUGCAUGAAACCAGAUGCACCCAUGACCCAAGAAACAAUCACCACUGAAACUACUACACUUGGCACCUCAUUGGUAGUCUCAGAUAUCAUGGAGGAAUCUGAGAAAGCUAUGCUGCCAACCUUACUCAAAGAGUCUGCACUAGCUUCCUCUGAAAUCACAGCGCAGUCAAAGCUGACCCCAGCAGGAAGCGGGUUGGGAUCACAUAGGUCUCUGCAGGCAGCUCCAGAAGUGAAAGGGGAAUUCCAAAAGUCUCUGUCAGGACCUUCUCAAACUUUGGAGACAUUGCAGGACUCAUCAGAAAUUGAAGAGGGUACACAGGAAUCUGCCUUGGCAAGUUCAGAAAUAAAAGUGAGAACGCAAGGUUGUGCGGUUGCACCAGAGGUCAAGGAAGACUCCCAGGAAGAGGUGUCUGUUCAAUCCAGACCAACAAGGAGGAGCAGAUUUCAGAAGCCUAAACCUAACCUGAGUCAGAAAUCAAGAGUUCUCCAAAACCAAGGACAAGACCUCAAAACACCCAGUACUCUAAAACCCAAGAGCAGUGAGCCUACAGUCUCCACUGAGAAGCUACUUUAUAGUCCUGCUACUGACCAGCAUGGUGCAUUAGAAGACUUCAGUAAGCAGAACCUCACCAAAGAAGAGGAGACAUCUCAGUCAAAUACAGUGGAUCGAAUGGAAGCUGAAUCAACAAAAGAUCUCAGUGAUGCAUCUACAGCAGUACCAGAUCAGGAGAACAUCACUGCAGUAACUCUGAGUCCAGCCAGUGCUGAUGAACCUCAGGUGGCUUCAGAAUGUAGUAGCAGCAGAUGUGAUGUUGACAUGGUACCACCUUGUACUUCACUGACUUCACAGACUGGAGAAGAUACAGGCACGGGGCAGAUGAUAGUUCCUUCUGAGGAUGUCUGUGCCCCUGCAGAAAUUGUCCACUUAACCGAAGGUGGUGACAAGGAACCCACCUUUAUCUUGACCCUGUAUGAGAUUCCUGUCACUCAGACCUACCUGCCUUCAUCCAGUAAUGACUCUGUGAUGACCUCUGACCUUCCCACAUUUGAAACCCAGGCUUCUCUGGGGUUUUCAGACCAGGCACAUACUUUACCAUCUACAUCAGAGUCAUCCAGAAUAGAUGCUCUGCUCAUGGAAAGUGAUUUAGGCGUUGUCACUAAGGAUUUGGCAGAGAAUGUCAUGGAGCAAAUUUCAGCGCAUGAAAUUUCAGCGCAUGAAACAUCUCAUGAAAUCACUUCACCACACACAAAGGAUGAAGACAGUGAUGCUUCUGCAAAUCUGGAAAUAGAUAUUCCACCACGUGACCCACAUUCAGAGUGCAAAAAGAGUUCCGAAUUUGCCCCACUUGAUGAUUUGGCACCCAGGACUUCUGGGUAUGGUAUCUCAAAAUGCAUUACAGCAUUACCUCAAGACUCAGAGGACACUGCGCAGUGUGAGAGGGUUUCUCGUAUGGUGCUGGCUGAUGUCUUUGUCCCUGUCUCAGAGGACACGGGAGAUGAUUCAAGCAAGGACAGGACAAUGGCUGUAGAAACCAAGGAAGCCUCUUCAGUUAGUGUCACUGAGGAUUUGGCAGAAAAUGUCAAGGAACAAACAUCAUCUCAUGAGCACAUAUUACUAGACACAAAGGAUGAGGAGAGUGAUGCUUCUGCAAAUCUGGAAAAAGGUGUUCCACAUAUGGACCACGAUACAGAGUGUAAAAAGGGUUCAGAAUUUGCUCCACUUCAAGAUUUGGCAUCCGGGACUCAAAGCACACCUUCCGGAUUUAACAUCUCAAAAUGCAUUGAAACAUUACCUCAAGACUCAGAAGGCACUGAGCAGUGUGAGAGUGUUUCUCAUAUGGUGCUGGGUGAUAUCUUUGUCCCUGUCUCAGAGAACAUGGGAGAUGAUUCAGGCGAAGACAGAACAAUGGCUGUAGAAAGCAAGCUUCAAAGCAAGGAAGCCUCUGCAGUUAGUGUCACUGAGGAUUUGGCAGAAAAUGUCAAGGAGCAAAUCUCUGAGCACAUGACAUCUCAUGAACCCAUAUUACUGGACACAAAAGAUGAGGAGAGUGAUGCUUGUGUAAAUCUGGAAACUGGUAUUCCAUAUUUGGACCCUGAUUCAGAGUGCAAAAAAGGUUCAGAAAUUUCCCCAGUUGAAGAUUUGGCGUCCAGGAAUCAGAGCACACCUUCCGGAUUUAACAUCUCAAAAUGCAUUGAAACAUUACCUCAAGACUCAGAGGACACUGAGCAGUGUGAGAGUGUUUCGCAUAUGGUGCUGGGUGAUAUCUUUGUCCCUGUCUCAGAGGAGACAGGAGACAACUCAAGCAAGGACACAGCAAUGGCUGUAGAAUGCAAGCUUCAAAGCAAGGAAGCCUCUUCAGUUGGUCUUCCAGAGAGACAAGACACUCCUUAUGAAGAGCUAACAAAGGUAGAAAAUUCGCCAGCAGUAUCCAACCCACUGUUAUGUUUUGACUCCACAGAGGAGUCAAAAGACACACCACCUUUGUCAGAAGAGAAAAAAGCACCUGCUAGAAGGAGAGAGAGACAAAUCAAGACACAACCUAAACUGGUAAAAAGGGCACGUGCUAAAGAUGUCUCCUCAAAACCCGAUCAGCUUGUAAAGGACCCGAGUCAGCCAACCUCUUCACAUGUCGUCUUGCCAGCCUCUCAUGAGGAAAACCUGGCAGGUAUGUCAAAUACUACUGAUGAGAAGUCAUUAGACAGAAUGUCAUCAAGAGGAAACCAAACCUCUGUUAGUAGAGGUAAGGAAGUAAAGCCCAAAUCUAUUGCAGAGGAAUCUCCAAAAAUGUCUCAAAGUGACUCGGAGCCCACGGAGUCAAAACCUGUCUCCGCUGCUCUUCACCUGUCCAAAGAACCUAAGCUUGAAGAGGAAAACAGUGAAAAUGUAACAGGAGAUGCUACAAUUAAAGAUGAUAUGGAGUCAUCUGCAGAGGACAAAGAAUUGUCAAUAUUGACAUCCAAUGAAGGAGAAAAUGUGCGGCCAAGCUGUGAGGACAUGAAUUUUAGUCUGAUGAAGACUUCAGGUUCUGGCUCGUCGAAUGUGGGCUCUGAGGAAACUGAGGCAGAACCUCAAGGUGUUUCUCACAUGGUGUUGCCUGAUGUCUUUGUUCUUGUCUCAGAUGAGAUAGAAGAUGCCUUAUGCAAUGACUUCACAGUAUCUAUAGAAAGCAGUCCACAAAGUCUCAGUCUUCCAAAGAAGUCUGGCACUCACAUUCAAAAGGAAUUAAAAACUGAAGCUGUGUCCCAAACAUUGAGUGAAGAGUCGACACAGAAUCAGUCACCAUUAGUGGACAUUAAAACACCUGUCAGAAAGAGAGGCAAGCAGGAGGUGAAGAGAACAUGUACUAAAAAUGACGUGACAGGAACAAGGCUGAGUCAGCCAACAUCUCCACAAGCCACAACACCGUCAUCACAGCUCACUACCCUACCUCGGAAUGAGAACAUGGUGCUACUUGAAGAAAAGUUACAGAGAAGGCAUCACAUCAUGCCAUGCACUGUUAGACUCUCGAGUCUUGACACUGUAGCCCAGAGUCUCAGGAUUCCUCAGCUUGGAAAUAGGAAGGGUAACGAUGUGAUGAGCUCACCAACAUGCCAUGCAAGUGUAACGAAUGUAUCAGAGGAGUCAAGCACACCAUCACUAUUUGAGGGGAUGAAAUUGGAAGACCCAGAAUUAGAAAAGAAAUCCCCUACAAGAAGGAAAGGCAAGAAAAAUGAGUCCUCACCAGAUACAAAACGUGGUCAUUUAAAACCAGUUCAAACCAUUUCACAAACUCGACAGCUAACCAUAACAGAUUGGGCAAAGAAAAAGUCGCAUCAGACUGCAACAAACCAGGAAGAAGAAGAACCUGAGAAGUCUUCCCAAAUGCAGUCAAGCUUAAAAGCCAAAGAAAUGCACCUCAUGGUUGAGAAGACAUGUUCAAAAUCGCAACAUACAGAUUCAGAGGAACCUGAGGGUUCUCACUUAGUGCCUGCCUUGGAGGAGACUGAAGACGUGAGCAGCGUCUCUAAAGAGGUGAACAGAUCAUCAGAAGUAGCCAAGGAAUCAAAUGAAGACCCAUCUGUAUCACAGGUGAAGAAAUCACCUGCUAGACGGAGAGCCAAACUACAGGUGAAACCUAUACUGUCAAAAAAGGCAUGUACCAAAAGUGAAGGUAAUACUUCAACAACCGAUCAGCCACAGCCAACAGGGUUCACCUCACCAACACGGCAGCAUGCCCAAGCAGCCAGAGAGAAGAAAGAGUCCGACAACAUAACUAAGCUACCCAUAAAAGAGGUUACCAGUACAUCCAGCAUGGAAGCAAACUCAAAGAGCACAGAAAGCUCUUCGAUAUCAAGUGGUCCCCAGUCUCCCAUAUCCCAAGACACUUGGCCGAGGGUUGUUCUGCCACGUGUAAAGUUAUGGACUACUGAAGCAGGUGUAUGCUCAGCCUCAUCCACGCCUACAUCCUCUCCAGCCAGGGUUUCAGAAAGUGUAUCUCCACCAGUGACUCCUCCACAGCUGAAGAAUUCCCCUACACAAAGCAGCUCUCCCACAGCCAGUGAGAAUCCUGAUGACGACCCAUCCAGAGUAUCCCAGUUCUUCCUCUGUGAUAUCUUCACUGAAGUAGAGGAGGCAGAAUGAGUGAUUUACUUAACCAAAGAUUCUUCGUGAUCUUGCCCUUGCUGCUAUAUAAUUUGUUCCCCUUCAAGGAGAGUAAACAAAGCAAGCUUUUAAGUCAGGCUCAUUUAUCUUAAUACUCAUGUGUUAUGUUCCCAUUUAGCUCUAAAAGUGCUGCAACACACUAUUUUGAGACAUUCUACUUACUGUAGAUUUCAUUCUGUUAUGUUCAAGCAGAUGUAGCUGAUUUUCAGGGCAAUUUGCUAAAUAGUAAAAAAAAAAAAAAUACUACUUAAGUUUUAUUCCGAAUUACUUGAAUUUUGUUUCCUUCACGUUGCAAGUGCUUACCUCAGUAGCAAAUUAUAGCUUACUGACUUGGCCCAAUGCACGAGGCAAUAUGACUUAUGAUGAUGACAUAAAUACAUAUCAUGUAUCUUCUGGAAGUGGAUUAUUUACUGCCUUAUUUAUUAUUUAAAAUUAAACAUGUGAAUGUCUGUGUA